AUGGUAACAUCUGCCCAAGCACUUCCAGCAAUAGACAAACUUACAAUGAGGAAUGGACCUAAAUUGAAUCAGCUACAUAGAACAAUGUUAUAUAAACCAGUGACUGAGGAAGAGAUUACUAAAGUUGUAGCAUCGAUUGGUGAUGAUAAACCACCAGGUAUUGAUGUUGCAAAUCCUAGCACAGUGAAAGAAUAUAGACCAAUUGCUUAUUUCUCAGUACUCUAUAAGAUCAUCUCUAAGGUAUUGGCUGCUAGGCUGCAGAAGAAGGCAUAUGAUUCUGUUGAGUGGCUCUUCUUGGAGCAGGUUAUGGAGGAGCUAGGUUUUCCACUAUACUAUCAUGGUAAAUGGGGAAACACUGUGCCUUUCUCUGCUGCCAAAUGUUUAAGGCAAGGUGACCCCAUUUUCCUUUUUCUCUUUGUCAUUUCUAUGGAGUACCUGAGUAGGAAUUUGAAUGGCCUUAAAUAG